UUGAAAUCAGAUGUUAGUUGUGUGGCUAGCUAAUCUAAUCUCACAAAUUAUAACAUCUUCAAUCCGUUGCUCUCGUCGAUUAUUUUUCCCUGUGGUUUGUUUGGCGAUCUUUUGAGCUUCCUGCUGAGAAAGGAAGGAACACACCACAGCACAGGACAGGACAGUUGCGUUUAGUGAUACAGCAAAGCCAAACCCAUAUCCUACAGAGCCUAGUUAGAGGAAUGGUGUCUUUUUGGUUAAACUCAAGCAGGUUAUUCUGACAGUUUCGGACUAAACAACUUGCACGCACCAUGAAUUUACUACCAUCCAACCCUCAUGGAAAUGGACUUCUGUAUGCUGGAUUUAACCAAGACCAUGGAUGCUUUGCAUGCGGGAUGGAAAAUGGCUUCAGGGUGUACAACACAGAUCCUCUUAAAGAAAAAGAGAAACAAGAGUUUCUUGAGGGUGGAGUCGGGCAUGUUGAGAUGCUCUUUCGAUGCAACUACCUUGCACUUGUUGGAGGAGGCAAGAAACCCAAGUACCCACCUAAUAAAGUGAUGAUCUGGGAUGAUCUUAAGAAAAAGACUGUGAUUGAGAUUGAGUUUUCCACAGAAGUCAAAGCUGUUAAGCUUCGAAGAGACAGAAUUGUGGUGGUCCUGGAUUCAAUGAUCAAAGUCUUCACUUUCACACACAACCCGCACCAGCUGCAUGUCUUUGAAACAUGCUACAACCCUAAAGGUUUGUGUGUUCUGUGUCCAAACAGCAACAACUCUUUGCUAGCAUUUCCCGGCACCCACUCUGGACAUGUGCAGAUAGUAGACUUGGCCAACACAGAGAGGCCUCCUGUGGACAUUCCUGCUCACGAAGGAGCUCUGUGUUGUAUCGCCCUCAACCUCCAGGGCACACGGAUAGCCACAGCUUCGGAAAAAGGGACUCUGAUCAGAAUAUUUGACACAUCAGCGGGUCAUCUGAUUCAGGAGUUAAGACGAGGAUCGCAGACUGCAAACAUAUAUUGCAUUAACUUCAACCAGGAUGCGUCUCUCAUCUGUGUGUCGAGUGACCAUGGGACUGUCCACAUAUUUGCUGCAGAAGAUCCCAAAAGGAACAAGCAAUCAAGCUUGGCCUCAGCCAGUUUCCUACCCAAGUAUUUCAGCUCCAAGUGGAGUUUCUCAAAGUUCCAGCUCCCAUCUGGCUCACCCUGUGUCUGUGCCUUUGGAACUGAGCCCAAUGCAGUCAUAGCCAUUUGUGCUGAUGGCAGCUAUUACAAGUUCCUGUUCAACCAAAAAGGGGAGUGUUCCAGGGAUGUAUAUGCCCAGUUCUUGGAAAUGACCGACGAGAAGAUCUGAGCACAGACCGUUCUUGGUUUCAAUUGAUAUUUUUUUUUUUCAUUUCCUGACAUCUCCAAAUUUGAAGACAGUCAGACGAAUAACUGUAUGUGGCAUUCCUGACUGAGUGACUCCCUGAUGCAGGAAGAUUACGAGGUCUAUAAUCUCACUAGCCAGUCUUUAAAGAACUUAAAAGAAACUCUGACCACUGGAGAGAUGGAUGAAUAAACUGACUGCAGUCAUUCAGUGGAGUGAGAAGAGGGGGGGAAACUAUUUUUGAACGACAACAGUUGCUUUUUAAAAGGUCUUCCAUGCGAACUGCUCUUUUAUAAGCAUAGAGUUGGCUAGAAGAAUAUUUGUCCACUAACUAACCUACUAUAGUGAGUGCCUCUGUCAUUACCGAAGAGGAAGGAUGUGUAUGCUUAUUCAUCAGUCACACUAUAUAUGUACAUAAUAUUGGUAGUCUUAGAUUUUGUUUUACUUGUUGUGUAAAAACAAAAUCCCAGGCAUAUGUAACUGCAACAAUAUAGCAUAAUACAACAGAACAAGUACAAUGUAGAUAUGUGGGGGUUUUUUUGUUUUUCUUCAUUCAUUGUUACUUACAUGUAUGUGCAAUUUUCAUUAUUUUUAUCAGGUGUUAAGUUGAGAUCUUUCGGAACAAAUUAGUAUUUGCUUAAUGCAUUUUAAUAGUAUGUGCAUAGUCAUGCGUGUUGCAUUAAUGGAUUACAGAUGUCCUCUUUAUGAUUAUUCAUAAGACAAGAGAGAGAAGCAUCCUAUUAAACCAGAAUUUGAUCUUUAAAAAAAAGUGAUAAAAAAAAUAAUAAUAAUUUGGGUUGCUAAAAUUUUAGGAUGUUAAAAAAAAAAACGGUUGGUUUGAAAUCUGAAAAAUGAUUGGCGAAUCAUUAAUGGAAGGAUGGUAUUCAUUUCAGUUUGUUAAAUCCAUCUCUUUUUUUUCCUUCCUUUUUUUUUUGCCCUACUAAUGUGUCUGUGAACAUAUUACCAAAGUGCCCAACGGUAACAUCUAUAAGCUGUAUUCAUUUAAUUGUUUUGGCUUUUUUCUAUUUUUUUUCCCCAACUUUGUUGAUUAGAAGCUUAUUUCAUGCUUUUCUCGUGUUUGUAAAUGUUCAAGUGAUUUACACCUAAUGCAGCGUUAAACAUGCUGUAAUCUACUCUACGACUGAAUUCCGCAGGGAUACAUAGUUCACAAUGUGUCAUGUAACAAAUUAAACUGAUUGUAAAACCGA